UCUGGGAGCAGGAAACAGAGGGGAGCUGAGGAGGAGAGAUGGGUGGGGAGGUGAGAACAGAGAGGUAAUUGUAUAUGUAAGAGUGAGGCAAUCGUGGCAGAGGGGGCAGACGCAGGAGGAGAGCGAGAAAGAGGGGAAAGGACAGACGUGCGUUUCUUGGGAUGGGGGCACCAAGAAAAGUAGACAGAAAAGAAAGAAGCACAGGAUGAGAACAUGAAUCUUUAAGUUUUGAUGCAUAGAAGAGGGAAGAGAGAUGUAGAGAAAAAGAAAAGUAGGUGACCAAUCAAUGUGUGCUCAGUGAAGUCGUGUUUGAAAUAAAACAAUGGGCUUCUACACGAGACUGAAGCAAGGCUGAGCAGGAGGUGUUUUUAAUGAGUGAGUUUUCUAAAAGUAGAAUAGAAAGGCAGAGAGAGUGUAUCCUUCGGAACAGGAGCCAGGAAAAGGGGAAGGGCCUCGGUCUCCUCCUCUCCAGCUGACAAAAACAGCUGCCCAGGAGCCUGUUCAGAGAGAGAAGACGGAGGUGGAAGAGAAGACUCAAAGGGUGGACAGACGGAGAGAAGAGAGUGAGUCCUGGACCCCGACCACCUAUAUGGGUUGUGUCCUGAGCUCGGACUGGUGUGGGGAGGAAGAGGUGCAACCAGUGCUGGUGGUCCAAAGCUCAUCUCUAAAGAGAAGGAGUCUGGAGAGGAGUGGCAGUGGCAGGAUGAGGCUCACAAAGGCUGGGAAGGGAGAGCCCCACGUCUUCAAGGAAAAGACAUUCAAAAAGAAGCGGCAAUGCGGCGUGUGUCGACAGAACAUCGACAAUGUGGGCUCCUUCUGCAGAGUAUGCAAAACAGCCACCCACAGAAAGUGUGAGGGCAAGGUGACCCCUGCAUGCAUCCCAGCUCCCUCCAAUGAUCUGCAGCAUAGAGGGACAGCUCCAUCUCGACACAACCAACACAUGGGAUCAACCAAGUCUCUAACCUACACCAAACAGAGGAACACCCUGCCAAGGAGCUUCAGUGUGGACCGCGUGAUGGACCGUGUGAUGGAGCGCCACUAUGACUUCGACCUGACAUACAUCACCGAGAGGAUCAUUUCUGUCUUCUUUCCUCCAAAGCUGGAAGAGCAAAGAUACCGGCUCAACCUGAAGGAGGUGGCCGCCAUGCUCAAGUCCAAACAUCAGGACAAGUUUCUGCUCCUGAAUCUCUCCGAAAGACGCCAUGAUAUCACCCGACUUAACCCAAAGGUCCAUGACUUCGGCUGGCCCGACCUCCAUGCCCCACCACUGGAUAAGAUCUGUGCCAUAUGUAAGGCCAUGGAGAACUGGCUGACCUCUGACCCCCAGCACGUGGUGGUUCUACACUGCAAGGGCAACAAAGGGAAAACAGGCGUGAUUAUUGCAGCCUAUAUGCACUACAACAAGAUUUCUGCAGGAGCGGACCAGGCUCUCAGUACUCUGGCCAUGAGGAAGUUCUGUGAAGAUAAGGUGUCCUCUUCCCUUCAGCCAUCUCAAAACAGGUAUAUCUAUUACUUUGGAGGCCUUCUCUCUGGGGCAAUAAAGAUGAACAGCAGCCCUCUCUUCCUCCACCAAGUCCUCAUCCCAUCACUGCCUAACUUCCAGGGUGAAGGAGGUUACCACCCCUUCUUGAAGAUCUAUCAAUCCAUGCAGUUGGUCUACACUUCAGGCAUAUACGACCUUCAAGGCACUGGUGGGAGACGGCUGUGUGUGACCAUCGAACCGGCCUUGUUGCUGAAAGGUGACAUCAUGGUGAAAUGCUACCACAGGCGAGCUCACAGUGCCGACAGAGACACAGUGUUCAGGCUGCAGUUUCACACCUGCACCAUCCAUGGAUCCCAGCUCUGGUUUGGAAAAGGGGAACUGGAUGAAGCUUUCACCGAUGAACGUUUUCCAUCUGAUGCAACUGUAGAGUUUGUCUUCUCCUCUGGACCUGAGAGGGUCAAAGGCCGUGAAUACCACAAAAAUGACCCAGCUGUCAUUGUCGACUACAACACCUCUGACCCUGUGGUUCGUUGGGACUCCUAUGAGAACUUCAACAAGCGAUAUCAGGACAGCCUGGAGGAUAUUGCCCAUACACGAGGUCCUGUAGAUGGAAGUCUUUACGCUCAGAUAAAGAAGCGCCGUGGGCCCAGCUCUGGUUCUCUGACCUCAACCAAUGGUAGCAGCCCAGGUGGAGGCCCUGCAGAAGACAGACCCGAUCAUCUGAUCCGUCAAGGUUCUGACUCUGGCUUUUCAGCCCAUUCCCUCCACUUGAACCAAUCAUCUAUCCAUCCUGACCACCCACAGGAACUUGUUCACCCACCACCCCCAACCAGACAGGAAAGAGAGGAGCUGGAACGUCUCCUUGGUGGGAUUGAGGGAAACCAAGAUGGAGAGCGAGAGACCGCUAUUUUAGAUGAUGGAGAUUCCUGGCCCUUGGAGAGAACUGGGACACUAAGGCUCAGUCGGUCAUGUUCUUGCAGGGAUGGUUACCGGUCUCAGCGCUGUGCUGAACCAGGUUGUGACCGCACCCUCCUCAUGCCAAAUGGCUACUGCCUCGAUCGAGCUCCUGGCACUAACGGGCACCAUGGGACGACUCCUUCCACCAGUCCAAACCCAGCUGGUCCUCCAUCACACAUGGAUAUGUGUCAACAUUACAGCCCACAUGCCCACCAGACACUUCCUCCUCCAGAUCUAGUGUGGGACCGUCAGAGCAGCCCACCUCACUACUUACCCCGCUCCUGUUCAGAGGCGCCCUCAUCCCGACAUAUCUGUCCAUAUCCAUCACCAGAUCUUACCCCUCAUCCUCAUAAUCCAUCACACCAACAUCCCAUAUCUGCUGCUGAUCGAUUUUGCUGUCGUGAAGAUGCCCCCUUCCAUCAUCCGCCUCCACCUCACAGUCAACACCACACCCACUCACAUCACCCAAAACCCUCCACCAGCCCAACUUACCAUGACAUAAUGCUGAUGGAUAACCUACCGCCCCCUGGCUGUCCUUGUAGGGACUGCAGCAUUAGGAGAGAAGAUUCAGCUGCUUAUCACAAUCUGAGGCUAGACCGCGGUGACAGCUUUCAUUGGGACAGAGAGGCGGAGCUUCAACAGCGAGAGGCAAGACUCAGGAGAGCCAGGGAGACAGAAUUAACCAGAGGGCCAGAACUUCACUGGGAGAGGGAUCCCGGGCUCAGACGAGGCAGAGAGUUGUCACUCCACUGGGAGCGGGACAGGGAGGUGGAGCUGCAGUGGGAAAGGGACAGAGAGACAGAAUAUUGGAACAGGAGGGCCACUGUAGCCUCCUACGGCCCACAGGGACACGAUCUGCCAGCCUUCAGCUUUGACCCUUUACCAUCAGGUCAUCCAGCUUAUCCAGAGGCGUCAAGAUCCAAUGCUCAUUCCCACCUAGAUCUGAAGUACAGCAGCAGCAGCAGUGGGUACCAAACACCACAUCAUGUGUGCCCCUGCUCACCAUAUCAGCCUUCGCCAUCUGAAAGCAGAGGCUAUGCCUCUGGCUACCAGUCAGAGUCCACAUCUCCUCUGCCGCCUCCUUCCUCCAUGGUGGGGACCUGCAGCCACAGCAAUGGGCCAGCAGACCAUAACCCUAACCACCAUCACCACCAUGCGGACUCACAGCAGUCAUACAGCUCUGACUCGCAUACUGAUGGCCUCCGUAGCUCCGGGGAGAGUGUAGGCUGGAGGGAUCACAUUACCCACGGCUCCUUUAGGAGGAUCCAUCGAGACGGUCAUGUGGCCUGCUCCACACCAUCCGACAUGUCUGGACCCCCGACACCUGUCCUCACCAGUAGCCCACUACGCACACAGGAGAGCCCCAGUCCAGGAAGCAAAGAUUAUGACAUGCGGACUACAGACAUCAUCGGCAGUGAUAAUGAGGGGUCCACAGCCCAAGAACUUAGUAACACUAAUGUCAUUCAGGAAUCUCCAGGACGUCCACAGCCUAGUACCAAACAGGCAUCUUUAUCUCCUACCAAAGCAGAUUCUCCACAAACAGACCCUCCCCCCAGCACUGCACCGCAGCCACACUGCCCCAUAGAUGCUCCCUCAGCUUCUUCUUUUGAGUCUGUGACACCAACACCAACAAACCAAGAGCAAUGCCAGCUUCCUUCCUCAACUGCACUAAACACACAUUCCCGGAGUGUCCCUCUCAAUCUCCCUCCCCUCAGUCAUUCAGAAGCUGCUGCUGUAUCCAUGACAUUAACCCAUUCUCAGACUGAAACCCAAGCCAAUGGUCCUCCUGAACUGAGCUCAGCACAUGUGAAUGGGUCAUCACCACCAAAGUCUUUCUCAGAGGCCCCAAAACCCAUCACCUCAAACCCCAUAUCUGCUGCUGCACCAUCAUCCCCGCAGCCCGGGUCCAGCAGCAUGGAUGGCUCUCCGGUCUCAGAUGCCCCAGUUCCUGGUUUUGCCACCCUGGGUAGGAGGUUAAUGUUGAGCGGGUCAGAACCCCACCACCCAAAUUACCUGCAGCACCACGGACCCCCACAUCACCACUACACAACUGUGGAUCAUAGUGCUGCUUUGGACGCUAACAAGAGAAAUGGUUAUUUUGGUCCUGCCCCACAUCUCCACCCAGGCUCCUAUUCCAACUACUCCACCAUCUCCAUUCCUCUUCCCCACCCACAGCCACCUCUGCCUGAGAAGCGGCAUCAGCCUGCCCAGCUGGGGGCCCCCAGUGAGGAGGUGAGGGCAGCCGUGGGCCACGUGCCUCCUUCCACCAUGAACACAACCCAGCAUCAGCACCACGUUACAUUUUCUCCCACGGUGGGGGAAAUUGCACCAUCUACAGACCAAAACGAAGAAGUGGAGGGUGAGACAGCCAACCGGGUCAGUGUUAAGUUUGUCCAAGAUAGUUCAAGGUUCUGGUACAAGCCGGGCAUCUCUAGAGAGCAAGCAAUCGCUGCUCUGAAGGAGAGAGAGCCAGGGACCUUUCUGAUCAGGGACAGUAAUUCCUUCCAGGGAGCCUAUGGCCUGGCCCUGAAGGUGGCUACGCCUCCGCCCAAUGCAAACCUUAACAGCAAGGUGAGUGACCCUCUGGAACAGCUGGUGAGACAUUUCCUGAUAGAAACAGGCCCUCGGGGAGUGAAGAUCAAAGGGUGUCAGAACGAGCCUUACUUUGGGAGCCUGUCUGCACUAGUCUAUCAGCACUCAAUCACACCCAUAUCUUUGCCCUGUGCUCUUAAAAUCCCAGAAAAAGAUCUUGUUGGAGACGUGCAGGAGGUUCAACCAGUCAGCAACAUCAGCACAGCUGCAGACCUGCUGAAACAAGGAGCAGCUUGUAAUGUGCUCUACCUGAACUCUGUGGAAACCGAGUCGCUGACCGGCCCCCAAGCCAUUGCCAAAGCAACAGAUGCCACGCUGGGUCGUAACCCUCGUCCGUCAGCCACCGUGGUCCAGUUCAAGGUGACGUCACAGGGCAUCACGCUGACAGACAGCCAGCGAAGAGUUUUCUUCAGGAGACAUUACCCAGUGAGCAGUGUUACUUUCAGCAGCGUUGACCCAAAGGACAGAAGGUGGACUAACUCAGACAACCCAACUGUUAAGGUGUUUGGUUUUGUUGCCAAGAAACCAGGCAGCAUGGCAGAGAACGUGUGCCACCUUUUUGCGGAACUGGACUCUGAGCAGCCUGCUUCUGCCAUCGUCAACUUUAUCAACAAGGUCAUGCUGGCACCACGCAGAUGAAGAAACCCAAACAAGUGGCAAAACACAAGUUCCGACCAGACAUUUACAGUCUGUUAAUGGCUCAUUUUUAUCCUAAUGGGGAUUAUUAGAUGUCCAUCAGACUGUUUAGGGUUUGCUUAGUUUUCUGAGUUGUGAUGUGAUCCAAACUCCUCUGGGCAUGAGGGGCGUCUGACAGGAACAGAGCAAGCAGGGGCUGUUAUCAAGAGGCAUGAUGGGUAAUUAGCUUUCACCACCCUCUGGGUCAGAAGUGUCAUCAAGAAGUUCUGACUCUUAAGGCACCAAAAAACAAAAACAGAAAAUUAAGAUUUUUAACAGCUUCAUGAAACUCGUAUCAAAUGAUUCACUAAUCACUUUAAUUAAAUAAUGUAAAAUCCCAAAAUUGUGAGAGAAACAAUAAAUUCUUGGGGUAAAAAAAUCACAACUCUUAGCACUAAUUUUGUCUUUUUGAACAACUUUAAGCAUUAACGUCAGACAUUAGUCAUCAGAAAGGCUCCAGCGUUCUCAUAAAGCACUUCACACACCAACGCUGCAGGACAGACAUUUAUUACACCAGCAUUAUUUUUAGCUAAAUUAACUACCCUAGAAUAUUGUCGUUUGAUCAUGUCCAUCUGUGCAUUUGCUGAAGAUGACAUGACCUGAUGUGAUUGGCUGUGUAAAAAAGGUUUAAUGUACUUGCAUCUACUAAAGUCAAUGAAAGAAUAAUUCAUUAAAUAAUACUGUACCAAGGGAUGUCCCAUUUGGGAUUUUUUAGCUCCCUGAUACCAAUUUCAUGAAAAUCAAUGCCAUGUAUCCGCUGUGAGAUAUGUUUCAGCAGUAUUAUAUAGUAUAUAUUAGUAUUGUGAUUGUGUAGCACCUAAAUUCCUCACCAGUAACAUUCCAAAUAGUGCAGUUUCUCUUCUGUUUUUCUUGGAUAUUGGAUAUUUUGACUGUGCAGGACAGCUUCAAUGAACCAAUCCAAUUCAUUUAUUUUAGACAACUACUCUAACGUUGUAACGCAUAGCCAAUCAUUUGUUUCUAAGCAAAUAUCUGACUCAGCAUACACCUAGGAUCUUCAUAAAGCUCCUGUCUGGCUCUUUUUGAUUGAAUGUAGCAGUUCGCUGAAAUGCUAGUUAGCAUGUUUACUCUCUUUAUUUGAUGACUUGUUGAUAAUUUAGCUCAUAAGUGCAGUUCCAGUUAAUGGUCUGUGGAGGAGAGCGACUGAAAUAGUUGUUCUCCUGUUUUCUAAACACAGUGCUUCGCCUCAAACAUCAUAAUAUUUUAUGCCUGGGUCUUUCAGCUCCUCUUUUUCACCUUCAGUUUCAUUGUAAAGGGUGAAAAACAUUUAAAUUGUAAGAGAAAAGCCAGAUUCUGUAAAUCAACGAAAUAAUCUGCACAGUUUUGCAAGCUGUGCACAUCAACCGGUAUAGAUUUUUAAUUUGGCCACAUAAAUCGCUGCAGCACAGCUGGCUGUUGGUGACUCUGACAUAAUCGCAGCCAACUGAAAAGCAACAGUAAUCAGUUUGGUCAAGGACUCAAAUACAAAUUAUUUUUAAAAAGCCUACAUCAGGAAAUCCCUCAUGCAUUAAGCAACAGGAUACAGAAAAUGUUUUACAGUUAACUGAUAGUUGUGCCAUAUUUUAUCUCAGAAAUAAAAAUUUUUCUUUCAUGAAAGCAAUUUUAAUCAAAACAUGUUCUCAAUAUACAUACAAUAUAAAUAGAUCUAGCUUAAUUAAAAACACACAGAUGUGUCCAUGUUAGUAAUCUCGUGGAUUUAUAGAUUUUCUUUGUUGAACAGCUCCCAAUCAUUCCUGAUAACUUGUAAAGCUGCACUUCAUCAUAAAUGAACUACUUGGUGACUAAUUUUUUAUGACCACUGAAACCUGUCUUGCCUUUUGAAACAUGCCCGAUUACAUGACAACAUGACUUAAACACAGUCAGAAAUGAACAAACGGCUCCCGUGAGGUUGCACAUUUUAGAUAUAACUGCCUUAAAUGACAGGUGUUUAUAUUUUGUACUAUUCUAAAAAUGCCUUAUUUUUCUGUUAAAGAGUAACCAAAGUGAUGUAAUUAACUUCCUGUAUAUAGAGAAGUUGAGGUAUUCUGAUGCAUGACCAGCACAUCCACAGCUGGACCUUUCACCGGCGUUUACCACCUUUAUAAUCGUAACAGACAAUCAUAUUUGGGUUAAAUUCACAUUUCUACUUCCACUCAGAGCAAGCCAGAGGCGUUGGCCACAGAAGGCAACUCGAACGUGAUGUUUUUUAUCUUGUGAUGAGGGAGCUGAGGGUGUGCUGAAGGUGAAUGUGGGGUGAGAUGGUUAAAGUCGUCCGUCGAAGGUAUUGUAACGUCCGUUUUUUUUUCCCAAAGUCAUGCAUGUGAAUCAGGGUGAAAGCUAAACAGAGACGGACGGAUGGACUGUAGGGAAAUGUUUGCCGCUAUACAUCGUUUGGGUGAAAUGCAAACAUUAAUGAAACCUGUUCAAACACACACACACACACUCACACACAUAAGCCAGUGGCCAAAAGAUAGACAUUUUUAACCAAAGAUGAAGCACUCUUCUAUUAAUAAGCUUUUCAUCAAGCUAUAUAUUUGUACUUAUUCAUCCUUGUAUUUUUAUUAUGCAUCCAUCUAGUGUUGUUUUAGUUGGUAGAAAAACACUACUUGUAUUACAACAAUAAUAUAUUGUGGUUUGUGUUCUGUUAUCAUGUAGUAAUAUAUUUUCACAUGCAGCUAUGGGGCAGAAUGAGACGAUUUGUUCAUUUGGAAAGGAUGGGAGGCUAUUUUGUAUGCAAAGCAAUAAAGAAUCAAAGUGAGAAAA